AUGGCCGUCGGAUUCGCUGUGGACGCUGGCACCUCGGCGACUCCGGCACCCGCCGCCGCGCCUGCCUCGGCAAAGCCGGGCAGCGAGGCGGAGGAUGUCGCGGAGGGCGCCCCCGUGGUCAAAAAGGCGCCCCGGCGGGUCCUCACCAUCGGCUUCGCCGAGCCAGAGCCGCCAGAAGACGGCACGCCGACGGCGAGGUCAGCGGUCGCCUCGGACGACGAGGCCACCGCACAGCCGCAGAGCGGCCAGGGCAAGCGGUCGUCGAAGGAGGCGCGGCCGAGCAAGAAGUCGAAGGCCAGGUUCUCCGCGUUCGUGGAGGUGUCCGACGGGCGGCGCGGCUCGUCGGGCUCGAGCUCGGGCUCCUCGGAGACCUUUGACGGCGGCAACUCGCAGAACGAGGACGACAUCGAGUUCGUCAAGGAGGCCUUCAAAGACUCUGGGGGCCCCAGGAAGAGCCUGGCGGCGUGCAAGGGCACGGUCACGACGGACCAGAAGCGGCGGACCAUGGCGUUCGUGGCGCGCCGCCAGGCGCAGGUCACCAGGUUCUCGAAGGAUGCCGCGGACGCCAGGCCCAAGGAUCUGGACCUCCGCAAGCGGAGCACGGUCCACAACAUCCCCAUUGAAGAGUUGGCGGAUGACAUCGUCAACAGCUCGGGCGUGGUGGUCGAGUACAUACUGCGCUGGCGGGCCAGGCUGGCGAAUCAGGCGAACGCUGCAAAGAAAAGUGGCAAGAAACACAAGGAUCACGAGUCGGAGGCGCUCUCAAAGUUCCUCAGCGCGAUGUCGUCGAACGACUUCCAGGGUUAUGAGUAUGCUGGCACGCACAUUAUGAUCGAGAAGCUGACGUGCGACCUGAUGACCGCCGUGACGAACGACGCCAAGCGCUCGGGGAUCUGGAAAGCCACGCGGGGGCACGACGCCCCGCUCGCCGUGAUGCGCAGCAGGGCCCUCCAGAUCCGCGCGUGGAAGAAGGAGGAGGUGUGCCUGCGAGCAGAAGUCGACAACUUCAUCACGCGGUACAAGCUGCUCCACAACAAGGCGCUGCCCAUGUCGGAGGACCUGUGGCAGCGCAAGGCGCGCCUGGAGGAGUUCUGGACGACGUUCCACGGGAAGAAGGAGACCCCCCUGCACAGAGGGGCGCCAGAUCAGACCACGAGGAGUGCCACGCCCGCACUGGCCGACACGCGCAGCUCCUCCGCGUCCUCCGCGCCCGACUCGCCCGGGCGCGGAGAGCAGGCCGACGCUGCGGGCCGCACGUGGCCCCCCACGGGCGAAGGCUUCCGCGCGGCGGUGGGGGCCGGAGGGGACGGCGGCCGGGACCGCCCCUCGCAGAGCCAGCAGUCCCGCAGGCUGCUGGGCAGCCCGCCCUCCCGGCAGCUGGGGCAGCUCCGCCAGGGCGGCCGUGCGACGCCGCAGCCGCGCGGCAUGCAGGCCACCGAGGCGAGCUCCCUGCCGAGCCUGCACGGCGGGGCUGGCAAGCACGCCUCCUCCAAGGCCUCAGGCGGCAACAAGUCCUGGGAGGCGAGCGCCCGCCCCAUCCAGGCAAAAAGCGACUCGACGAGGCUACCGGCGUUGAAGGGCCAUCAGCGGCGCUACCUGCAGGAGUGCGACACCUUCCAGCGCAUCCCCAUUCGGCCACGCGUCACCGGCCACUCGAAGAAGCUCGAGGCCAGUGGCAGGAACCUGGUGGACCAGGAGCUGAUGGUCAUGGCGGGGAUGAUGAAGGACGCGGCCAUCAUCGAGGUGACCGACCUGAGCUCCAACUCGCUGCUAUCCGACGCCGGCCUCGUGCCGUUUCUGCAGCAGCUCUCGCGCGGCCGCGCGGUGCACACGCUGCAGCAUCUGAUGCUCUCGAACUGCAUCAGGGCGGGCGUGCGCACCGUGGAGAGCGUCAUGCAGCUGGUGGGCAGGGCCAGCAGCCUGCGUGUGCUGGACCUCAGCCACGUGCCGCUGAACACACGGCUGCAGGUGCAGCUGUGCAAGGCAAUCGGUGAGCACAAACUCCUAGAGACGAUUAGCUUGGCAGAAACUGGCAUGAACUCCUCGUACGUGUCAAAGCUAUGCAUUGGCGAGCUGCUCGGCAGCAGCAGCAUAAGGAGCUUGGACCUGAGCUGGAAUUGCUUCAGCUCGGACACCUUUCUCUGCCUGGGCGAGGCGCUUACGAAGAGUAGUCGCCUACGAACCUUGAAGCUCACCAACUGCUCUGCGACGGUGGAGGAGGGCACGGACACCCCCAUGUCCCUCUUCCUCGAGACUCUCUCACGCGAGAAGGGCCUCACGAAGCUGGACGUUGCCAUGAAUCGCAUCAACCAUCAGACCUUCCUGAUCAUCGAGGACUCCCUGGACAGUCAUCCGAAGAUGCAAGAACUUAUCGUCUCGAACAACGCCCUGGGUGUUCAUGGCGUCCGCAGUGCACUGCGGCUCAUGUCGCGAAGCACGAACGACAUCACCAAGAUGAACCUUGAAGGGUGCUUUACCGGCGUGAUAGGCGCAGGCGGUGAGGGCAGCGAGGCAGUGUUCUCUGCAUCGAGCCCUGGCGGUCGCCACGUGCUCUUUCUGGAUCGAGCCUGCCACAGGUCCCUGCUCCGCAUGCUGUACCGGAUCGCCGACAAGUUCGGCCUGUCGGCAGACGAGGCGUUCAGCAACGUCGCAUACACCCCCGUCAGCGCCGCCGGCAAAGCCACGGGCAAGGUGGGGCCCUUCAGCCACCCCGCACAGGAGGCCGACGGCGUGCGCACCGUCCCCGUGUCUGGCAGGCUCGAGCUGGUCCUCAACAUGCAGAGGUGCAUCGAGAAGGCCAUAUCCGGCCUGGAGGACGAGGACUGCGAGGGUUUCUUGACCCAGUACUUCCAGAUAGUGCGCUACGAGCCCGGCUGGAAGAAGGCGAUACCGAUCUUAGCGAACUGGAAGAUGAUCCAGCAGAGCAUGCUGCAGCAGCAGGUCUUCCUGGACUCCCUCGCCAAGGACUUCUGCCUCACGGUGCCCCGCCUGGCGCAGAUGUGCGCCAGCAACCGCCUCUUCGCCAAGGACAUCGUCUGGCGAAUGAUGCCGUGCGUGCCCUACGACGCGGCCUCGAGGUUCCUGGGGCACAUGCUCGCACCCUCCCUCGGCGAUUUUCUGUGGACGCACCAGCGCAUGCAGGCUCUGUUGACUUUCAACGCUGGGAACCCGACGGGCCACUACACGUUGAGCUUGGACAAUUGUUGCGACUACGCGGUAGAGCGCCUCCUCCUCCUGGACCGCUGGGAGUCGGCCAUCGACAGCCGCGGCCAGUAUUUCGACACGUCCAAGUGGGCCAACAGGUCGCACUUCCGCAACGAGCUCCACCGCAAGCAGCCCAUCAUCAAAGACGGUAUCGCGUCCAUGGCGGAGUGGACCAUGCCCGAGUCGGGCGAGCUGGAGUUCGAUUACGUGACCAAUCGGCGGCCAAAAGUGUCCGAUCAAGCUGCGAGCGACAAGGUGUGGGACAAAGUGCUGAUCUCGCUGUUCGACGCCAAGGAUGCGCUGGAAGGAGGGGCGCUGAUGCAGGUGGUACGUCGCAUAUCUCACAAUAUCUGGCUGACCUCCAUGCACAUGCGCAAGAUGCUCGGCUACUUCACGAUCGAGGAGCACCGCGCAGAAUGCUUCGUGAUCUUCUUCUUCCGCAUCGUCGACAUUUGCAACGCGAAGAUAUUCAGUUGCCGCUUUUCCAGGCAGGAGGAGGUUGUGAAGCUGCAGGAGCGCUUGGGCUACGUAUCGUUCUUUCCUUUUCUUCAACCCGAGAACGUGAAUUUCAGUUUGGAUUUCGCCUAUCACGACCAACGGUUGUGUGCAAAUCUGCUCGUAACCCUGGCGUUCAAGGAGAAGCAAGAAAACUUGCGGAACCCACAGUUCUACAACGCGGACGGAUCAGUCGAUCCUGUCAUCCGAUCGCACGGGGUGCCAGCAGGGUGGCAGUUCUUCGACAAGAUGCCCAAGCAAGGGAGAUUCGUGUGUCACUACGUCUGUGCCCCAGAGGAUCGCAAGUACGAGCCCCGUAGGAAGAGUGCGGAGACCUACGGCCACUACACGGUCCGCACUUCCGAGGCGGACGUGAAGUGGUGGACGGGCCUGCUGGAGGUGCCGGAUGAUGUGUUGAGGCUCAUGGAGUUCAUCAUAAAUAACUAUAACAAUGUCGAGGAGGUCUUCACUGUAAUAGACGGAGCCGACGGUAACGGCCAGAUCAGUCUUCAGGAGAUGACGGAUGGGCUUAAGAAGAUGAAGUUCCGCAAGUUCGAGGGUAAGGAUGAGCGAGAUCGCAUCAUGUCAGUGUUCCGGCAUUUGGACCCAGGCGGCGAGGGUUCUAUCUCUAGGAAGGAGUGGGACGUCCUCAGCCAGCUGUGGAGGGAGUUCGAUCUUUCGAUCAGAGAGUUCGUGCAAUUUAUGGUGAUUGCCUUCGGUGAAGACCUUGAUUCGUGCUGGGACGUCCUUGAUCCAAUGGACACGGGAACGCUUAACCUCGAGCAGUGGUUGGCCGCUGUGGCGGACAUCGGCUUCACCGGUCCAGCUGAAAUAGUGUAUGCCCUCCUGGACAGCUCCGACGAUGGCGAAAUCUCCUACGAUGAAUUUUCGAAGCUAUGGGACUUCAUGCCCAGCAAGAAAAGCUCCGCUGACAGCGACAGCGACGAGAGUGUUGACCUCGUAACGGGAAAAAGCUCCAUAAGCAUGGCACUACGAGUUCUCUCGAAGGUCAAGGUGGUCUGGCAUGCCGAGUGGCGCGGUCUCUUGGCGUUCUUCGGGUACGACCUGUUCAUCGCCAUCUACAACGCCGAGAGCGAGCUGCUGCGGCGGCGCAGGGGUUCCCGGACCGCGCGCUCGUGUGGCCAGAGCAUGCCCGGCUUGCCGGAGGCCUUCAACCAGCUCACGAAGGGCCUCAUGGAGCGGUCGGUGGAGGCCAAACUGCUCUUGUUGGCUGCGCUCUCGGGCGAGCACCUUUUCCUGCUGGGCUCCCCCGGCACGGCGAAGAGCCUGCUCUCGCGGCGGCUCUCGGGCAUAUGUGCCGGCUCGUUCUUCGAGCGCCUGUUGACACGCUUCUCGGUCCCCGAGGAGAUCUUCGGGCCACUAUCGCUCCAGGCGUUGGAGAGAGAUGAGCUCUGCCGGAAGACCGACGGCUUCCUGCCAGACUGCGACGUCGCUUUCAUCGACGAGAUCUUUAAGGCAAACUCUUCGAUCCUGAACACCUUGCUGAUGAUACUCAACGACCGGUGCUUCGACAACGGCGCGGUCCGCACGCAGGUGCCAUUGUGGUGCGCAGUGGCUGCUUCCAACGAGCUGCCUGACACGGACGAGCUGGACGCGCUCUACGACAGGUUUUUGUUGAGGCGCUGCGUGCGCCGCAUCUCUGCAGACGGCGUCCAGCGAUUUCUGAGACUCGCCCUCGACGCAGACGACUCGGGCUUGCCCCAGGCGUCCGCGCCGGCCGAUGGCGCGCACGGCUCGCCGAAGCUGCUGUCGGCCCAGGCGUCCGAAGAGCUGCGGGCCCGUGCGCACGAGGUGGACUUCCCAGAUCACUUGCUGCAGAUGGUCUCGGAGCUCCGCGAGUAUCUGGCGACAGAGGCGGAGCCCCCAUACGUUGUCUCCGACAGGCGUUUGUUCAAGGCCGUUCGACUGGUUCGAGUGGCAGCCGCUGCUGCGGGAGCCACCUCGGUGGUCGAAGCGGACUUGCUCAUCUUGCGGCACGUAUUUUGGGACCGCAACCCCGAGCAGGGUGACCAAGUUGCUCAGUGGCUUCUCAAUCGCUUUGUCGAGGACAGCUUUGGCCAUAAAGCGUGGGCAUUCCUCCUGGACGGGCUGCGGAAGAGGCUGCGCGCGGACCCGCAGGCACAUUCGCUUGAAGCUGCACGCCGUGACUUGAAGAAUUUGCGCAAGGCUGCCAGCAAGGCGCUCGACGUGGCGACUCGCGUCGCGCGGAACGCGCCUCGGGAGGUCGACAAGGGCUACAACGGCGGCAUCAGCCGCUUCUUCUGGCUCUCGGAGGAGGAGCGCCGCCAGGCCGACGAGGUCGCGGGCCAGGCCGAGCAGGGCGUGGCGGCAAUCGGAGAGAUCCUUGUGGAGGCCGAAGUCCUCUCGGCGGUUGUGGCUGUGGAGGACGAGUCCAGACGCAAGGAGCUCGUGGCCCAGGUCCUCGGGCACGGCAAGGCUGGCGCGGACGAGGAGCCCAAGGAAAUCGUGAGGGACGAGUGGGGCGACCCCAUUUGA